AUGGCAUCCGACUCUACCACCACCACCACCACCCCCAAGCCCCCCUCUCCCAGCGUCACCUCGCUCGCGGUGCUCAAGGUGGCCUUUGGGCUCGGCUGCCUGCUCGCGCCGCGCCUCACCAGCACGCUGCUGCUCCUCGACCCCGUCAGCGCGCAGGCCGCCGUCGUCACGCGCCUCUACGGCGGCGCCGUCGCGUCACUCGGCUACCUCCUCUGGGUGGUCGGCCGGGCCCACGCGCGCGGGGAGGCGAGCACGCGGGUGCUCCGGCACGUGGUGGCAGUCAACAUCGCGGCCGACGCUGCCGACGUGAUGUCGUGCAUGGCAGGCUACGCGACGGGCGCGCUGAGGGCGCCGGUGUUUGCGCUCGUGGGAGGGGGCUGCGCGGCGCUGGAGAUUCUGGGGAUGGUGGCGUAUCGAACCGUUUAG